AAUUAUAAUGUGUCCACAGCCAAAUGAGAGCAUCAGCAUCGAGCUGCAGCAGCUGGAGCUCGAUGCUGAUGGAAGGAAUGAGAGGACUCAGUGGCUGCUGAAUUCUCCAGAGCCACCAAGUUUUUGCAAUGAGCUCAUGAACUCAGUUAGUGAAACUGUUUUGCCACAAAAAAAUAAUUUUUUUCCUUCAAACUCAAAGCAAUGCAAAGCUGGGGUCUUUUCAUUCUUGCAAGGGUUAUUUCCAAUUCUUAGUUGGGGAAGGAAUUAUAAAGCUAAUAUGUUCAAGCAUGAUUUGUUGGCUGGCUUAACUCUUGCUAGUCUCUGCAUUCCUCAGAGUAUAGGAUAUGCUAAUCUUGCAAACCUUGAACCUCAAUAUGGCUUAUACACUAGUGUUGUGCCACCAUUGAUAUAUGCUGUGAUGGGGAGUUCGCGAGAGCUCGCUAUUGGUCCUGUUGCUGUUGUAUCACUACUGCUUUCUGCAAUGGUUACCGAGAUUGUAGAUCCUGCAGUUGAUCCUAUUGCUUAUACAAGCCUUGUUUUUACUGUCACUUUCUUUGCUGGUACUUUCCAGGCUGCAUUUGGUCUAUUAAGGUUGGGAUUUCUUGUUGAUUUUCUUUCACAUGCUGCCAUAGUGGGAUUCAUGGGAGGUGCAGCCAUUAUAAUUGGUCUUCAACAACUAAAAGGUCUCAUAGGAAUUAGUCACUUUACUAAUAAGACUGAUGUGGUAUCUGUGCUAAGAGCUGUUUUCAGAUCAUUUCAUGAUGAGGCAUUGUCUCCUAUGAAUUUUAUACUUGGCUGUUCAUUCCUCAUCUUCAUCCUCGCAACAAGAUUUAUAGGUAAAAGGAAUAAGAAACUAUUCUGGCUACCAGCUAUUGCUCCUUUGUUAUCGGUGAUCGUAGCCACCUUGAUGGUUUAUUUAACGAAGGCUGAUCAACACGGAGUUAAAAUUGUAAAACACUUCAAAGGGGGUUUGAAUCCAAGUUCAGUUCAUCAAUUACAGUUCAAUGGUCCACACCUUGGACAAGUUGCGAAAAUUGGACUAAUUUGCGGUCUUGUGGCUCUAACUGAAGCAAUUGCUGUCGGACGAUCAUUUGCUUCGAUGAAAGGCUAUCAUCUUGAUGGCAACAAAGAAAUGGUAGCCAUGGGAUUCAUGAACAUUGUUGGAUCUUUAACUUCUUGCUAUACAGCAACUGGUUCAUUUUCAAGGACAGCAGUGAAUUUCAGUGCAGGAUGUGAAACUGUGGUAUCAAACAUAGUUAUGGCUAUCACAGUAUUCAUAUCCCUGGAAUUGUUAACCAAGCUUUUAUACUACACUCCACUAGCUAUCCUUGCAUCGGUUAUUUUAUCUGCGCUUCCUGGAUUGAUCGACAUAAAUGAAGCAUAUCAUAUCUGGAAAGUAGACAAGAUGGACUUCAUUGUUUGCAUUGGUGCCUUCUUUGGAGUACUAUUUGUCUCUGUCGAAAUUGGCCUUCUAAUCGCGGUUGGCAUUUCAUUUUCUAGAAUAAUACUAGACACGAUUCGAGCAAGUACAGAAGUACAAGGCAGACUUCCUGGGACGCUGGAUACGUUUUGUGACAUUACACAAUAUCCAGGAGCCACUAGUACUUCAGGCAUCUUGAUCAUCAGAAUCAACUCUGGUUCACUUUGUUUUGCAAAUUCUACUUCCAUAAGUGAGAGGGUUAUGAAAUUGGUGACGCACACAAAUGGUAAUGAGGAGAACACAAAGGAAAAUGUUCAUUUUGUUGUUCUAGACAUGUCAAACGUAAUGAGUGUGGAUACAUCAGGAAUAGUGAUGUUAGAAGAGUUGCACAGGGAAUUGGUUUCACAAAGCAUACAAUUAACAAUAGCUAACCCAAGAUUAAGAGUGAUUAACAAAAUGAAGACAGCAAAAUGUUUUGACAAACUAGGAAAAGGAUGGAUUUUCCUUACUAUUGGGGAUGCUGUUGAUGCCUGCUUGUGUCUCAAAAUAGCUGAUCCUAGCUCUACCAAUUGUUGAAAUUUUAUAUAUGUUGUUAUUAAAUGCUUCUUAUUCUUGUGUAUACAAAGCAUUAACAACAAAGAAUUAAUGGAAAAG